CUCCUACUCCUUCGCCGCGCGCUCCAUGAGGCUCGUCCACGCCAGCCGAUGCCCGACCCCGCUCCCAUGAAGACAGGGCAGACUACCGGACCGCUUCUUCUCGCAUCAGCAUGUCGGAUUCAGUAGAUCGCGUCUUCGUCCAUGCCUUGAAUACCGUGAAGAGGAUUCCCCGGACGGGAACCGCGCGCCCGCCGGCUGCGGAGCGUUUGAAGCUAUAUGGCUUAUAUAAACAGAGUAUGGAGGGGGAUGUUGAGGGCGUGAUGGAUCGCCCGAUAGGGAAUACCCCGGAGGUACACGCGGAGUGCGAGAAGUGGGAUGCCUGGUACGCUCAGCGCGGGCUUACGCGCACCGAAGCCAAACGCCGCUACAUCGGCACCCUUAUCGACACCAUGCAUCGCUACGCCUCACAAACCCCGGAAGCACGCGAACUCGUAUCAGAACUCGAGUUCGUUUGGGACCAGAUUAAAUACAACGCCUCCUCCUCAUCCUCCUCCGGUCCACUCAACGCCGUCGGCGUUCCACCUUUAUCACAUCACCAAAACAGCGCAUACGGCAGUAUAGGCGGACGUCUCGCCCAAUCACCUACAGAACAAUAUGAAAGGCCAGACAUGCGGACAGACGAUGCCCGCGACUCACGCCUACGCGUGCUCAGUCCCGUCAGCCAACCCGAAGAAGAAGAGUACUAUCGCCGACGACGAGCCGCAAAUGACCUCGACGAAGACGUAGAAGACGACGACGAAGAUGAAGAAUACGAAGAAGCCCGCGACAGUCUAUACGAACCCCCAGACAACGCAUCCACAAAUACAGAUACACAUACACACACCGGCACGGACCGCACCGGCUCCCACGGCGACGACCGCCGCGCUCGCUCCCGCUCUCACAAUCAAAACCACGCCAGACACAAAUCCACCUCCGGAGUCAGCGAUGGCACAAGCCUAACCGGUCCGGACUCGCAAGACCCGUCUAACCCACGUAAUAGCCGCUGGCGCCGCCGCGUCGAACAAGCUCUCACCAAAAUGACGGCUGAAAUAGCCGCUGUCCGCGAGCAGAUGGAGGCGCGGACGUUGGCGCAUCGUCGUCGGUCUGGGGUGUGGGCUUGGCUGAAGUGGAUGCUUUGGGCUGUCGUGCGCCAGAUUAUUUGGGAUGUGGCGUUGUUGGGUGUGUUGUUGAUUUGGAUGCGGAUGCGUGGGGAUCGGAGGCUUGAGACGAAGUUGAAGGAGGGUUGGUCUGGUGUCAAGGCACGGCUGGGGCGGGUUAAACUUCUUCGCCGUGUGCCUGUGAUGCCCUAG